AAAAGAUAUUGGAAUGCUUGAAAAUGAUUGUGCUGCAUUCAAAAAGUGCUUGGUAUAUGGUGGAUAUAGUUUUGCUAUUAAGUUCAUUGUUGAUGAUGACGGGCGGCAGAAGCAACUGCCUGCUGUUCGGUGGUGGGUUGGCGGCGUCGAGAUGGAG